AUGUGGCGUGGUUUUUUUGUAGUUCCCGAUCCUGUAUCCGCUCCCCCCUGUGAAACCCCUCCUCAGCCGCCUUCUGUACUUGGCGGCUUUUCUGCGCCUCUCCUCAACAACACAACCACGGGGUACUCCCCUGAUACCGGAUCGUUCUAUUCUCCUGCCUCACAGAUCUUCUCUGGGAUCGACGUGAGGCCACCGCGCCUGAACUCUAGUAGUAGCACUUCAUCUACGGGCAUGGCACAUGCCAACCGGUCGGCUGCGUUACCAAAUCCAGCAUACAGCGUAAGAGAUCUCUACUCCGGAGCGAGGCCGUCCUUUGGAAGAGCAACGGAGCACACGAGAUCGCCUUCUUUCGCAGCACCUUUGCGACGCCAUCCUCUGUCGCCAACUCCCAGCCCUAGUAUUAGUUUCACGAGUCCGGUCAGGAUGGACGCCAGCCAGUAUGGCAAGUCUGCGGGAACGCACAUUCCCCCGUUAAUGCCGAUGACCGCAAAUGGUCAGCUGGUCUACAGUGAAUCGGGGUCGCCCAUUAAAAUCGAUAUCCAUGGGACCAUCGACAAGGGCUUCUUCAUGUCAGAGGGAGAUUGGACAUGUUACAGGAGAAAUUAUUUUUCCUGCAUCUGCUCAUACAGCCUGUCGCCCUACUAUUCCAACACGACGAUGCAGUACGCUCCUACUGGAUCGUCAACAUCAUACCAAGUAUUUGGAUUCGCGAUGAGCAUUUCUGCAGUCGUGUCUGACAGCGAUUCUCACACCAUCGACCUGGUCCAGCACACGCCCAAGAGAGACAAAGGACCGGUACAGAAACCGGAGAAGGUGAGACUGACACCUAAGCAGCCUCAGCAGCCGCCGCAUCCGUUGCUUUAUCAGGACCACCACAACAUACCCGGUGGAUCAAGACCUUUGUACGAAGGUGGCUACGGACAGAGCCCGCAAGGGUCGUACCCGAGCGAGCAUACGUUUGAGAGGAUCCAGUUUAAGCAAGCAACCGCAAACAAUGGAAAGCGGCGCGCAGCGCAACAAUAUUAUCAUUUGGUCGUUGAGCUGUACGUCGACGUAGGGAAUCAGGCGCAGGAACAGUUCAUGAAGAUCGCGCAACGCAAAUCCGCAAAGAUGAUUGUUCGCGGCCGUUCUCCUGGACAUUACCAGACGGAGCGACGCGGAAGCACAAGUAGCGGACCUGGCGGAUCAAGCGGGAUGGGAGGCUACUCGGGAUCCCAAGUCCUAGGUUCUGACUAUGGUGCUAGUGGAUCUUCGUUACUAUCGAAUGCGUAUGGCAGCGGUGGGGGAUACGACCCACGCUCUGCACACUACGGGACCACGCGCCACAACGAAAUGCCGAUAGACCCAAUCAUCCCCGCAGAGGAGGCUAAAGCUAUUGACAAUGCGAAAGAAUAUCAGUACUAUCCUGGGACGAUCUACGAGGGUAGCGAUGCGAGACAGGGAGUUGAGAUGUUUUCCCAUCAUCGAAGCGAACCGGAAAGUUUGGUGCAUUCGACGCCAGCAGCAGUCGACUCAACGAAUUCGAAGGUGAAGCACGAGUACGAUGGACCUCUCCCAAGUCUCUUUUAUACACCAGGCAACUACUACUCCCGAGGGGGUUGUAACAGAUUCGAAGGAAAACCGACUUCUGCGGGUUACUACCCAACAAUGCCAACAAUGCUCCCCCAAUCCGGGUGA